AUGGUUUGGGUUUGGAAGGCAAAACAUAUUCCAAAAAUUCCCGAGGCUUAUGUGCUUAACCGAUGGAGUAUAAUGGCAUGUAAGAAGCCGAUUUUUGAUUUAGAAGGAAAUGAGUUGGAGCAAUGUGUCCAAGUUGUAGAUAGGAAGAGACUGUUGAAUGAUUUGUGGAGUGAAAUUCAUUCUUGUGUGAGUUUGGCUCAAGGGAAUGAAUUGACACUUAGUGCUCUUGUGGACAAUCUACGAUCAUUGAGGUUAGAUUUGGAAUCUCAAAGUAGUAUUUUUGAUGGAUUGAUUGGUAGUGUUUCUAGCAAAGCUCAAGAUAUUGAAUUGCUUAUUGGAGCUAGUGUGCCUACUGAAAUUUUGAUCAAACCGCCUAAAGUAUCAAAGAACAAAGGAACCGGGGUUCAUGUUCAAGGUAGUGGAAGUGAUAAACGGUUGAAGAGUGAUAAAGAAAAAGCUGUAGAACAAAGUCAAAAGAAGAAGAGGUUGUGUAAAGGAUGUAAGAAGUUGGGUUACCAUGAUAUUCGUAAUUGUCCGAAAAAGAAAAGUAAAAAUUUGUUUAAUAUUUAA